AAUAAGAUGUUCAUGCCACUCGAGCCCUUGUUGAUUUUAUAGGAAGACGGUUGUACUUGUGUGAUUAUAGGUGUAACCAGGUGGUGUUCUGGGGUGCCCCUCUCCCUGCCCUGUAACAAGUACAAAGAUUCCCAAAUGUGUUUUUAUUUAAAUUGUGGUAUCGUUUUGUGUGAGUGGACACUGAACUCUUAUUUCGGCACCUUGCUAUUGAAAUGUGAAAUAGUUGAGCCCUUGCUACUUCUUAUCACCAUCUGCUGGCUCAUCUUUCCUGAAAUCAAGACCAAUUCGGUUUUUAAUCUAAACAUGGGAGAAUUCAAAAUUCAAAGUCUACUCCAUGCUGGAAAUAGACAACUCUACUCUGAGGCUAACCAGACUAUGCAGAACUUUCUUCUCUCCAGCGAUCUCUGGAAGUGGGUUGAAUGGAUUGCAGCAGUUACCAUUGCUGCUGGGACAGCUGCAAUUGGUUAUCUAGCUUACAAAAGAUUUUAUAGUAAAGAUCAUCGCAACAAAGCUAUGGUGAACCUUCAUAUCCAGAAAGACAACCCCAAGAUAGUACAUGCUUUUGACAUGGAGGAUUUGGGAGACAAAGCUGUGUAUUGCCGUUGUUGGAGGUCCAAAAAGUUUCCAUUCUGUGAUGGCGCUCACACAAAACACAAUGAAGAGACUGGAGAUAACGUGGGACCUCUGAUCAUUAAGAAAAAAGAAACUUAAGUGGACACUUUUGAUGCUGCAAACCAACUUAUCUCAAUAUUACCUGAUUGUUUAAUUAGUACGAUUACCACUUCUGUCUAAUUCACCUUUCCUUGGUUCUAGAUGUGGUAUAUUGCAAACUGCAGCUUUCAUAUUCACGGCAUUUGCCUUACUUGUUGAGCCAUUGUGGUGAAAUUGUUUAAACAAAAGGAAAAAGUUAAAA